CAACAAACCGUAUAAUUCGACCCAACAACUACCCCUCCAUUCCCUCCAUAAUUUCCCUCUUCCUAGUUUCGGUGUUCGCCCUUUUCGCUGCUAAUGGAGAAACUGAAGAGAGCGGUGACAGAGAUCGCCUACGCCCGAGAUCAAGCUAAGCUCUCCGGGUUUCAUCGCUCUAUUGUUCCUUUCCUCUCCUUAGCUUCUUCUCUGUACGGUGUCGUUCUAUCUUUCCGCCGCUCUCUUUACCGCUCCGGCUUCUUCUCUAGGCACAGGUUGCCAGUGCCGGUGAUCAGUGUUGGGAACUUAACGUGGGGAGGAAAUGGAAAGACGCCAAUGGUUGAGUUCAUAGCUAGAUGUUUAUCUGAUUAUGGAAUUUCACCUCUCAUUUUAACAAGGUUUGGACUUGGAUCAUCGACUUCUGAGGUAAACUUGGGUUGGUUUUCUGCCUUCGGGCGAGUUGACCAGGUUUCCACGAUUGGGUUAAUUCUCGCAGCAUUUUACUUUGCUAGUGGUUAUGCUGGUGGAGAUGAAGCUAAAAUGCUGCAAAGGCAUCUACUCGGGGGACCUGUAAAAGUUGGUGUAGGCGCAAAUCGGAUAGCGACUGCCAAUUUGUUCUUUGAAAAAUACGGAUAUGUAGAUUGUCGUGGUAGUAAACUCUUCGAGAGAACCUAUCUUGACCAGAAAGUGGGAAGUCAUAUCAGUUCAGAGAAAAUUGGUGCUGCUAUUCUGGAUGAUGGGAUGCAGCAUUGGAGCUUGUGUCGUGACCUAGAGAUUGUAAUGAUUAAUGGAUUAAUGCCAUGGGGAAACUGCAAACUACUUCCACUUGGACCCUUAAGAGAACCUUUGAUGGCACUCAAACGUGCAGAUGUUGCUGUACUCCACCAUGCUGACCUGGUAUUAGAGCAAAAGCUCAAAGAUAUCGAGUUAGUGAUUCAGGAAAUCAAGUCACUUCCAAUUUUCUACACCAGAAUGGCUCCCUCAUAUUUCUUUGAAGUGAGAAAUAUAAACACAAAGAUGCAUUUGGGAGCUGUGCAUAAUGCAGUUGUAUUAUGUGUUUCUGCAAUUGGUUCUUCAGAUGCUUUUGUGCAGAGGAUGGAAAAGAUGGGGCCAAUAUAUGUUGAUCGAUUUGACUUCAGUGACCAUCACUCAUUUCAAACUAAGGAUAUGCAUAUGAUGAGAGAGCGACUUAGACAACUUGAAGACAAGUUCGGUUAUAAGCCAAUCGUUAUAGUCACAGAAAAGGAUUAUGAUCGAGACCCACAGAUUCUGAAACAUUUGCAUCCUUUCCAAGUUCUGGUGCUCUGUUCUGAAAUGCAGAUUAUACCUCAUAAGGGAUGCAACAAGGAUCACUUAAAGUUGUUAUUGAGGGAGCUACUGGAAGUGAAAUUAUCGGGCGCAGAUUGAAGUUCUGCUUUGAAGAGUCGUAGUUUGUUCUCCUCCUAUGCAUUGGCCGAAGGUGCCUGAUGAGCAUUUAGCCAACAACUUAUUCAAAGAGUUUAGAUCAUAUUUGUGCUUUGCAGGAGCACAAGACAAGUGAGAUUCGGCUCAUGAGUAUGUAGUUGCGUUCCUGUGUUCAUAUUUAAAGGUUUUGGCCACAUGUUGAAGGAAGAAGAGGGCCUGGAAAUUGUUUGGACCUGGUUACAUGUAACAUUUUGUAAUUUCUUUUCAUUGUUCUUCAAUGUUCAAGUUUCUCGUCUGCAACUUUCUGCUCUA